GGCCCAGGAUUCGUUGGACUACACUUUUUGGGGGGGAUUUGGAACUUUCUCUCCCCCUAACUCUCUCACUAUCUCUCUCUCCCUCCCUCUCUCCCUCUCCCUCUCGCUCUUCCCUUCGCCUCCCAUCUCCUCUUCUCUCUCUCCUAUGAUGAUGGGAUAGCGAUCAUCAGCAGCGGCGUGAUGUCAUCGCAGCAGGAUGUGAUCGGCCGUCCCGCCCGGUGAGGUGAGCAGAGUUUGGAGAGGAGCGGUGAUCCGACCCGGCGGAUCCCCCCCCCCGAGGCGCGGAGCUCUGAAAGAUGGUCACCUCCUCACGCCGCGUCUCCCGCCACCCGUCCGUCUCACGCGCUCCCGCCGCGGGCUCUGCCUCGAUCCUCCUUCCAAGAAUAAGACACCGCCAUGCCACCGGCAGAGAAAUAAGAAGAGUUGUAUUUUUAGGGCGGUUAUUGGACCACGUGCCCAAAAGGUAAACCGGAUGGCCAUUGCUGCGCAAAGUGUUCUGGUCGGCCUGUACAGCAUGCACGAGGCCAGGACUACGUGGACGCGCACUGCCCUGGCGGUGCUCCUCGCGUCUCUUCUUGUGGGGAUCGUGGCGUCAUAUCCGACCCAUAGCAGGACUACUCAUAAUGCGACUUUACUGGAGCGGCGCUGGGAGACCCUGUUCUCCCGCUCGUACCUGGGGCUGAGCGGUGACCGCUCCGAGCUCAACUGGGAGAGCGACUACCUGCUGGGCAUCAAGCGGGUCCGCCGGCUCUACUGCAACGUGGGCAUCGGGUUCCACCUGCAGGUGCUGCCGGACGGGGUGGUCAGCGGGGUGCACAGCGAGAACCCCUACAGCCUGAUAGAGAUCUCCACCGUGGACCGAGGCGUGAUCAGUCUGCGGGGCGUCAGAAGCGAGCUGUACGUCGCAAUGAACGGCCGGGGAAGGUUAUACGGAACGAGAGCGUUCAGGGAUGAGUGCAAGUUCAAGGAGAGCCUGCUGGCCAACAACUACAACGCCUACGAGAGCCUCAUUUACCCCCGCUCCUACAUCGCGCUCAGUAAGCACGGCCGGGCCAAGCGUGGCAACAAGGCCACCACCGCCCAGACCGUCACCCACUUCCUGCCCCGCCUGUGACCCCCCACACCCCUGCCCG